UCGGUAUUGUUUUGAUGCUCAUGUUCUUCCAUUUUUAUCUCAGGGCGGCUGGUUAAUUUAUAGACUGGAUCUCCAAGCACUUCCGCAAUGUGCGUCUGGAUUGGCGAAUAAGGUUGACUUGAUGUCCCGAAUUUCUUGUUUCUUGGGUUUUAAAGCAUGUUUGUUAUACUACCGUUCUACUUCCCCCUUUGCAUUCUGGCGUGGAAACAGCGUCCUUAUCUUCUUCCUCUCAUCUGCUUUUUUGGAUUCUUCCUCUUCCUCUUGUAUCGAAUUUCCGAGCGUCAUACAGUCAAUAUCCUUAUGGGCAUUGAUCUGUCCUUUCUGAUCCGACUCCGUUAUUUUAUCUCUAUCUAUCUACAUUGCUACAAUUCUUACUUCUCCUCAAUUUGCCACGUUCGUGCAGAUCCUCCAUCUUGCGUGACUGGGAUGAAUUCCUUUUCCGACACCAUGAAACCGAGGCUUAGAAAGGCGGACUGUGAUAAGCUUGUGCCAUGGUACUAGUCGAAAUACGAGCCUUUGGACAUAUUACAUCGAUUUCUGAGAGCCGUCCUAAAGUUUGCGGCCAAGUGAAUUUCGAAAAUAUGCAUUAACCUAACCGCCGGGGUAUGAGUCUAUGAAAGGAAAGAAAAAAAAAAAAAGAACUUU